AUGAUUAUUAUAAUUACAGUAACAAUAGGUUCAAAUUCAUCAAGGUCAUCAACCUUGAUCGAUGUUGUAGGUACGAUAUUGAAGGAUGAUCCAAAAAACUUUAUGUAUACUGUAGAUGAUGUUCAAGGGACCAUGCAGUGUUGCGAUUUUACUACAAAUAGCACGGAGUGGAUGCAGAAUAGAACAAUUCAUUAUUAUGAUUCGAUUGAAAAUGAGUUAAAAGCAAUGGUGGAUGAUCAAGCAGAAAAUAUUUGGAAAACACAAAAUGAUGAGGAAAAAAUGAAUUCAGCUUCCUUAUCUUGCUGCUGGAACAUUAAAAAGCAUUGUCCCAAAGAAAGGAAACGAUUGUUGACAAGUAGAUCAUAUUCAAAUGAUUUUGUUAAAAUGUUCACGAAAUUUGACAUUGGUUGGAUGAAACAGGGGAAAAGAAAAGCAAAUGUCCCAAAAUAUAGACCGUUGAAACAACCGGCAGGAAAACCGAGUUUUGAUUGA